AUGUCCCGCCCGGAGCCGCUGCCCGCCGAGCCUGCCGCAGCCAUCGAGCAGCUCUGCCAGGAGCUCAACCUGGACGCGGCCAGCGCCGCCGAGGCGCUGCGGAACUUCACGGCGCUGAGGGGCACCUACAGCCUGGAGGGCGAGGCGCUGCACUGGCUUGCCUGUGCUCUCUACGUCUCCUGCCGCAAGAGCUUGGUGCCCACCGUGGGGAGCGGCCUGAUGGAGGGCAACGGCGUGUCGCUGACCAGGAUCCUGCGCUCCGCCAGGCUCAGUUUAAUUCAGUUUUUUAGCAAAAUGAAGAAGUGGAUGGACAUGUCAAAUCUACCACAGGAAUUCCGGGAGCGAGUGGAGAGGCUGGAGAGGAAUUUUGAAGUCUCAACUGUGAUUUUCAAAAAGUUUGAACCAAUAUUUUUGGACAUAUUUCAAAACCCUUACGAAGAAACUCCCAAGCCACAGCGUAGCAGGAAGCAGAGACGAGUGCUGUGUGGUAUUAAAGAUCUCUUCAACUUCUGCUGGACUCUCUUUGUGUACACCAAGGGUAAUUUCCGUAUGAUUGGAGAUGAUUUAGUAAAUUCCUAUCAUUUGCUUCUGUGCUGCUUGGACCUGAUUUUUGCAAAUGCCCUUUUGUGUCCCAAUAGAAGAGAUUUGCUAAAUCCAUCGUUUAAAGGUUUACCAGCAGACUUCCACGGGGCAGAGAUCAAGGCCUCUGAGGAACGUCCUUGCAUCGUUGCCACACUGUGUGAGCUGCAUGAUGGGCUCCUGGUAGAAGCAAAAGGAAUCAAGGAACACUACUUCAAACCAUACAUUGCAAAAUUGUUUGAUAGGAAGAUCUUGAAAGGAGAAUGUCUGCUGGAUCUGUGCAACUUCACAGAAAACAACAAAGCUCUGAACAAGGAGUAUGAGGAGUAUGUGCUGACCAUGGGGGACUUCGACGAGAGGGUUUUCCUGGGAGCUGGUGCUGAGGAGGAGAUUGGCACUCCUCAGAAGUUCCCUGCAGAGGUGCAAGCAGGGAAGGUGGCAGCCAGAGCUCAUGUGGAGUGUCAUCUUCAGCAGCACUUUGAAAAGAAAAGGUCAUUUGCACCUUCAACACCCCUGACUGGGAGGAGGUACCUGCGGGAACAGGAAGCUGUCAUCACCCCUGUGGCCUCUGCCACGCAGAGUGUCAGCCGCUUGCAGAACAUGGUGGCUGGGCUGAGAAACGCUCCCAGUGAGCAGCUCCUGGCGGUUUUUGAGUCUUGUGCACGCAGCCCUCUGGAGAGCAUUGUGAGCAGAGUGAAAGAAAUAGGUGAGACUUUCUGCUGCAGCUACACCCAGCCAACUGAUGAGCAGCCAGGAUCUCACAUAGAUUUUGCUGUGAACAGAUUGAAGCUGGCAGAGAUCCUGUACUAUAAAAUCUUGGAGACUGUUGUGAUGCAAGAAACACAAAGACUGCUUGGGAAGGAUCUGACUGCUCUCUUGGAGCAGGAUGUCUUCCACCGCUCGCUCAUGGCCUGCUGCCUGGAGAUUGUGCUCUUUGCCUACAGCUCCCCCCGGACCUUUCCCUGGAUCAUUGAGGUGCUUGACCUCAGGCCCUUCUAUUUCUAUAAGGUGAUUGAGGUGCUGAUUCGCUCUGAGGAGGGACUCUCCAGGGACAUGGUGAAGCACCUCAACAGCAUUGAGGAACAAAUUCUUGAGAGUCUUGCCUGGACUCGGGACUCAGCCCUCUGGCACGCCCUGCAGGCCUGUGAGAACAAGGUCCCCACCUGUGAAGAGGUGAUAUUUCCCAGUAAUUUGGAAGCAGGCAGUGGAGGAAGUGGAGCUGGGCAUCUGCCUAUGAUGCCAACGUCUCCUCUCGUUCACCCUCGGGUGAAGGAGGUGCGGACAGACCUUGGCAGCUUUCGACGCGACCUGCAGCCACUGUCGCCCAUCUCUGUCCAUGAGCGCUACAGCUCUCCCACGGCUGGCAGUGCUAAGAGAAGGCUCUUUGUGGACGACAGCCCCAAAGAAGUGCAGGUGGAGAAGAUCUUAACAGAAGGAACCCAGCUGCCCAUCGCUCCAGCCUCGGGUGUGGCUGCUGAGCAGGUGCCUGCUGGCCACACUGUGCUGGCCGUGGCAGCGGCCACGGUGCCCACACAGGCAGGGCAGGAGCUGACGCUGCACGGCAUUGCCAAUGAAAUGGGAGGGAUCACCUUGAUCCCCAUCUCCAUGAGCAUAGGGCAGCCAUGCGAAGUGGAGGCCCAGGCUCCGUGCCAGGCGCCGGGACCGCAGGCGCAGGAAGCACAUCAGUGGGCAGUGAGCAAGCCAAGGAGAACAGGAUCUUUGGCUCUGUUCUACAGAAAGGUUUACCACCUGGCAAGCGUGCGCCUGCGGGACCUGUGCCUCAGGCUGGACGUCUCCAAUGACCUGCGCAGGAAGAUCUGGACCUGCUUUGAGUUCACCUUGGUCCAUUGUGCUGACCUCAUGAAGGACAGGCACCUGGACCAGCUCCUCCUCUGUGCCUUUUAUAUCAUGGCAAAGGUGACCAAAGAGGAAAGGACUUUCCAGGACAUCAUGAAAAGUUACAGGAACCAGCCCCAGGCACACAGCCAUGUUUACAGGAGUGUCCUGCUGAGAAAUGCUUCUGAUGAAGUUGUGCUGGACAGGGGCACAAACCAGGAUGUGGAGAUGGCAGAAGGCUGGCCCGUGAAAACUGAGAGCCCUUCAGGAGGAUCUGCAGCAGAGAGCUCCAGGGAGCCAGGAACAGAGGAGAGAGGAGACCUCAUUAAGUUCUACAAUGCAGUCUAUGUAGGAAGGGUCAAGUCCUUCGUGCUGAAGUACGACGUCACCAACCAGGACCACGUCAUGGAGGCCCCCCCGCUAUCUCCGUUCCCCAGCGUGCAGCCGCAGGUGGUGUCCCCCCGCAGGGUCUCCCAGCUGCACUCCAUCUAUGUCUCUCCGCACAAGAACGGUGCCUGCCUGACCCCCCGCUCCGCGCUGCUCUACAGGUUCAACGGCAGCCCCUGCAAGAGUUUGAAGGACAUCAACGAGAUGAUCAAGCAGGGUGAGCAGAGGAGCAAGAAGCGAGCGCUCAGCGUCGACAGUGACGGCGAGUCCCCGAGCAAGCGCCGGUGCCAGGAGAGCGACGACGUCCUGCUCAAGCGGCUCCAGGACGUCGUCAGCGAGAGAGCAAACCACUGA